CGAUCCGUUAGAAACAGGAUGCCGUUUCACCGGUUUUGUUUAUUAGUUUGUAUCGUUUCAAAUGAUUGUUUGUCUACGCCACCCACAAAAUCACCGUUUUCACAGCAUAUUCCCAUCACAAGUAUCACCCCGCCCUCCUUCGUGGAAGAGCAGUCAACAUCCCCCAAGGAGGACGAGAGAGAGGAUACGGUGAGUUUCUUUCUAGAUGCAUCUCCAUUAUCACCUCCUCAACUCAAACGACAACGAGAGCCCUCUUCCUCUUUGACUCCAUUUGAAAAACACAAAGCCAAAUUGAUAAAAGACGAUUCUAUCUAUGUGGAAGACAUAGCAGGUGUUGUUGGCAAUGAGGAGGAGGAUAUGUAUUCAGUGAGUAGUAGUGAGGAUAUCAGUCUUUUGACUGCGUUAAGUCACUGGGGUGAGAGCGACAACACUCAAUUUGCAGCCAUGACGACGACGGGUGCCUCGUCUGUUUUUUCUGAAAAGCUCGAUGAGGAGACCAUGAUGAUGGAUUAUGCAGAAUUAUCACGGCUGUCUUUGUUGGACAUUUACGAUUCCGACACGACGAGUAGUAGUGAUCUAGAACAAGAAGAUAUCUUUUCCGAUGUCGAGCUCGGUUGGGAAGGGUUGGACGAUAUACCGGAACCAUUAAAGCAUAGUUAUCGUGGUCUUUUAGAGACAGAAAAGAAGCGUUUCAAGCAUCAACAAAGUCGAUGGACAUGGCGACAACAGCGAGAACGAAAGCGUCAAAAGAAAGAAGAAAAGGAGGAAGAAAAGAACAGUGAUAUACCCAAAAACAGUAAUCUUCUAGAACAUAUUUUAAAUGAUUUCAUGUAUAAAGACAAUGUGGAAACUUUGUGCCUUACGAAUUUAACACAUUACGGCCGUAGCAUCAUUGUUCCUAAAAUUGCAGACUUAUUUCAACUGGAGGCUUCGGAGAGGAGCGAUCCGGAUCAUGGCAACCACCGUAGAAAUAUUCAAUUAUCAAAAACUGUCCAUAGCUGUAUACCCAUUGCCUGUAAGAAAUAUCUGGCAUUUGCAAAAGAGCAACAAGAAAAAGAACAAAACAAGCGAAAAAGAAGAAACAAAGACACACGACGCUCUCCUGUCAAAAAACGGACGGACAAAGGAAAGGAGAAAGAACUGCAUGGUCAAGUAGUGGCUUCCACAUCAGCCCCCAUUUCCUCGCAGAAUAUUGGUCAUCGUAUGCUGUCGGCCAUGGGUUGGAAGGAAGGCAGCUCUUUAGGUAGUAAGGAAGAUGGUAUCACUGAACCUAUCCAGGCAGUGAUCAGAGCAAAACGUAGAGGUUUAGGUGCAUGAUUGUUAUUUUUUUAGAAAAAAAAAAAAUGUAUUCAAUUAUGGUAACAAACAUUGGUGGGAGAAAAAAAAAAAAUUUUUUUUGCCAACCCCUCUUUCGAGCUUGACGGACGGACCGGACUGUAUCAUGGAUUACAAAAAGGCAAUUUUUUUUUUUUUUUGUUU